AUGACGUCCCUCGCAAACUCGAAACCAGCCAUCGUCCCGUCCCCGCUGCAAUCCUUCGUAUCAGACCCUGCCCCGCUUACAAGUACUACGCACCUUCCGAAUGAGCAGUCGCUUGCCCGACAGAUACUGCACAACCUCCAGUACCAGCAUUACUGGACGGACCUGCAGGUGCACACGCAUUCGCCCGUCACCAACGAGCCUCUACCCCGCCCGCUGGUCUCUGGCUUGUCGGCGCAGCGCCUCUAUGUGCAUCCCGAUGAACAAGUCGAGCUGCUGAAGAAGGCCGACAGCCGCAAGAAAGCAGGCGAGAGCAACACAUUGGAUGUCAAGGCACAGCCAGAGCGCGAAUGGAUUCUGCCUACCCGGUUGAACGAGAAAUGGACGCUGCGCAGACUGGCCGCCGUCUUCGACGCCAUCAGCAUGGUUCCGCCGGCCUUUGAAGCCUCUGCACCCGAGCAAGAAACCCCAGCCAACCCUUGGAGGACUACAAAGAGAGUGGUAUUGGGCACAGUAGACUCUGACAGCACCGUCGUCUACUAUAUCGUCCAUGACGGGAUUGUCAAACCUCGACAGAACUGA